AUGGCUAACAGGAGGAGGAGGAACACCGCUGGAGCUGAUGACAUAGCUCAGGCGAUCCAUCGUAUGGUGGACGCGAUGCAGCCCAUAGCGGCGCCACCCAGAGCUGUAGUGGCACCUACUCGGCCAGUAGCCAUGGAGGAUUUCAUGAAACACCGGCCGACCAAGUUCUCUGGCAAGGCCACUCCUGACGAGGCAGAUGCUUGGAUGCGGGAGUGUGAGAAGAUCUGUAGAGUGCUGGGAUGCACAGAUGAGCAGAGGUUGCUGUUCGUCACGUUUCUUCUGGUGGCAGACGCAGAGUAUUGGUGGCAGGGGAUGCAGCAGUUGAUGCAGACCCGUGGGGAGCAGGUGACGUGGGCUGCCUUCAGGACGAGGUUCCUGGAGAAAUACUUUCCCGACAGUGCGAGGCAUGAACGGGAGGCAGAGUUCCUUACUCUUCAGCAAGGGACUAUGACUGUGGCGGCAUAUAUAGAGAGGUUUGAAUACCUGGCUCGUUUCUACACUCCAGAUGUUACUGAGGAGUGGAGGUGUAGGAGGUUCGAGGGCGGAUUGAAACAUGAGAUACGCCGCUUCAUUGUGCCGCUCCGGAUUAGAGAGUUUCCAGUUUUGGUCGAGCAGGCCAAAACCGUGGAGCAGUUGGAGACUGGAUCGAGUAGUGGGGGGAAACAGCAGAGGACCACCUCAGAUGCCAGACCUCAGAGGAAACCUUACAGCAGACCGCCGACUACCGGAGGAAGAUUGCGGUGUUUUAACUGUGGCGGGGAACACUUGAGGAGGGAUUGUACUAAACCUGCUAGCAGUACCGGUGGAGGCAGUAGUACUGGUAGGUGCUACGCAUGCCAGCAGACAGGGCACUUUGCACGUCAGUGUCCUAACAGAAGACAAGCUGGUGGUGCGCCAGCUACGAGGCCAGUAGGAGAUCGGCCCAGAGCACCGGGGCGUGUGUUCGCCUUGACGACCACAGAGGCGAAACAGUCAGGCUCGGGCUUACGAUGCGAGAGCUGGGGUGCGAGCUAUUAG